AUGCUGAUCUCUUUCAAAUCUGCUGGUGGUAUACCGACGCUGUCAUCCCCUUCGACAAAUGGCUGUGCUGGAUCGACUACCACCGAGGCAUCCUCUUCUGUGACAUGUCCAAACUGCCCAACCAACCUACUGUCUCCUUCAUCUGGUUCCCUCUGGAGUCUGGACAAGUUGCCUAUUUCCGGCAUACGCAAGGGCACAUCCACCAGCUGCUACCGUGCUGUGUCCGUUGUAGACAGCGGCCGUGCGCUCAAGUUUGUCAAUAUCACCCGUGAUGAUGGCAUUCCCUUCGCAGCACUCAAACCCGGCACUGGUUUCACCAUCACCUGCCACACCCUCAUGUUAGGCGGCGGCAGCAUGGCGUGGAAGGAGGACUACACGGUCACCUCCGGUGAGCUCUGGGAGGCCAACACUCGCCUCCCGCGCCAAAUCCUCAUGUUCCCUCGAGUCGACAUCGACAGGCCACAUGUAGCGCACUUCCUUUCCGUCCAGUUUGGAUAUGCUGCCAACAAGAAGAUGUGGGUGGUCUCCAUCGACAUGAGCACCAAGACCGUGGAGUCAUUUUCUCUGCAUAUCAAUGGGGAUGAGGGCCGUAAAACUGAUGACGCUGACCUGAUCGAGUAUAGGUCCAUGGCUGUCGUGCCCUUCAUCCCUUGUGAGUUCCCCAAGUUCCUCAAUUUGUCAAGGAAGAAGAGGGAGCAUAUGGAAUGAGUCUAUUCCCGCCAACUUCAUAGGUUGUGGUCUUCUCGACCAACCAUAUUGCAUCCGUCUAAAUGGUUCCACAAGAAAGGCUCCUGUCUUGCUUGUCAACAAGAUUGAGGAGCUGUGUUUCAUGUUGUGGCCUAGGAAGCAUCUAUCUUUUAUGGUCUAUUUUUAUGUUGUAUGAACGGAUAAGUUAUGUUAAGUUUAUCGUGUGUGGUCAAGGAAGAAGU